AUGAAGAUCGUUUCUGCUACGGGGUGUGAUACAACUAGUGCUAUAUUUAAUAUUGGUAAAUUGAAGCCGUUCAGGCGCUUGCAACAAGAUGAGGCACUACGUCUGCGAGUUGGAGUGUUCAACUCACCAAACGCCACACCAGACGACAUUGCCACUGCUGGAGAGAUGUUCAUUAUGUCUCUGUAUCCAGGGAAAACCUCGGAUGAUCUUGGAAAGAGAAGGUUCCAGAUGUAUGUUGAAAUCAAUUCUUGGCUCCCUGCCAACAAGAAAUUUGAUCUGGCCCAGCAGCCUCCCACAUCAUCGUCAAGUAGAGAGCACUCAUUACGAGUCUAUCUUCAGGUCCAGGAAUGGUUAGGAAAUCCUCUACCGCCCACUGAUUGGGGAUUCGAGAAGGACGAAGAGGGUCACUUACGCCCAGUGACCAACCGAAAAGGCACAAGAUGGUGUGUUCGAACAUCUGCGGGCACUGCGCGGGGCAUGGAUGUUAGUAAUACGUUAAGAGAAGAGGACGAGGACAACGUCGACCAUCCGGACAAAGACCUCGAGCCGAUCCCGUGUACUGAAACUGAUGUGGAACUCAGCCUCGCUUGAAGACUCUAGCUCGCGAAGUAAUAAAAACUAUUUGUAUUACUAUUAGAUGAAACCAUUAUCCUUAUUAUUCACUCGA